AUGUAAUAAUGAAUAUAAUGACAGACAUUGAUGAGUGCAGCGUCAACAAUGGUGGUUGUGAUGAUAUAUGCAUCAAUACCCCUGGACUGUUUUCCUGCUCAUGUUCCUCGGGCUAUAUGUUGCAUAUGGAUGGACGUUCCUGUACUGAUGUUGAUGAGUGCAAAGAGAAUUCCAAGAUUUGCAAUGGAGGAGUGUGCUCAAAUACCCCAGGCGCUUAUGUGUGUACCUGUGAAGGCGGUCUUAUUCCUGAUUCUGAUGGUCCAGGAUGUCUUGGUCGUGGAACCGGAUGCUUCAGCGGGUCCAGUGGAAAGAAAAUUUUAGUAGAGUCCAUUCUUUCAGGGUUUCAGGAGGGAAAUGAACUCCAUUUAUAG